AUGGUUCGGCACUGUUGGCGGACGCUGACGCGGCUGAUUGACGCUAAUGGCGCUAUCGUCAGUCAGCCGAGCGACCGGAACGACUAUGGAACCGAUCGCGCAUCUUGUCAAAGUGUCCGUCCCGAACUAUCUGGCCAGCCUACCGAUUCCUGAUUCGAUAGGCGGAUGGUUCCGACUGGGAGUGAGGGACUGGUUCGCCCUUCUGCCACCUACUGCCCUUCUCGCGGGUUUGGGAUAUAUGUCCUACAGGGCAUUUUGUCCUCACGGCAGACCUACGCCACAUGGUUGUGUUAAUCUCAAUGUAAAAAAAGAUAUUCCAAAAGUAGUGGACACCGUUGAUAUCGAAGAUAUCUCUGAAAAAGCUGUAUUUUGUCGCUGUUGGAGGUCUGAAAAUUGGCCAUACUGUGACGGUACUCACGGGCGUCAUAACAAAGAGUGCAAUGACAAUGUGGGUCCACUCAUCGUCACGAAGAAAGACUAAUUACCAACACAUUGACUAAUUACCAUUGGUAAUUUUUCAUUGCUGUAAGAUAGCUAUUUACUCAUCAUGUUGUAGAUAAAUAUGAGGAAGGGUCAAAUAGAUGAAUCUUUAUCCCCCUCUGUAGAUAAAUUUUACAAAACAACGUCUGCCAAUUUAUUUUUUAAGACACCUCAUUUUUAACGGAAGGUUUAUAAAUAAAUUUAUUUCCACAAUA